UGGUGCCCCUAGGCUCUUGCGUCACCACCUUAUAUCCAUUUGCCCACCCCGCACGCCCUCACACCCACUCUCUUCUUCUACCACUCUCGUUCGCCAGCUCACAAGCCAAACCCCAGCAACCCCAGCAGCCCGCGCAGCCUCUCUUCUGCAGCCCGCGCAGCCUCUCUUCUUUGCUCUUCUCUGGUUUACAGAAGAAGAAACGAAAAAGAAGAUGGCUCGCACUGCUUUCGCUGCUGUGGCCUUUGGCAUGCUCAGCGCCGCCAACGCGUUGGAGGUGGUCUCGCCCGAUGGAGGGAUCUCGGUACUCGCUGACAGGGCAUACACCGUGGAGUGGACCGGAACAACCACCGGACGCUUCGAGAUCGAUCUCUACUACUGCAACUCCUUCUGUAUGGAUGACGUGUGCGGUGACUGGGUUACUGCCCUUUGCCCGUACGGUGCGGAUGGUUGCCCCGACAGUGCAGGUGACUACGACAUCAUCAUGCCCGAGCCUAUGAGUGGUACCUCAAGCGGUUACAAGGUUAUGGUGAAGAAUGCCGAGGACGAGUCCGACAUGGGCUGCUCCGACGACUUCACCCUGAUCGCCUCUGAGGAUGCACCCGAGGCCGGCGAGAUGGGAUACAGUCUCACCGUCACUUCUCCCUCGGACGGCGACACUGCGAUGGCCGGCGAAGUGUACACCGUUGAGUGGGACUACGAGAACGGGUUCGGCUCCUCCACGGACCGUUUCGCGCUCGACCUUUAUUUGGUUGGCGGCACUGGCGACUGCGGAACCUACGUGACUACCCUCUGCGACCAGCCCAGCAUCGGCUGCCCCGACUCGCAGGGUGACUACGACGUGGAAAUCCCGUCGGACACCCCUGCCGGUAUGUACUCGAUCCGAGUCGGCGUCUUCGACGACGAAAUGAUGUACGACUGCUCCGACACUUUCGAAGUCGACACCAGCGACGACAUGACCAUAUCGAUGCGCUUCUAGGCUUCACCUGCUAGGUAUUCUUCGAAAUUAGCAGGAAAGCAUGACUUCUGCCUUCGCUCUGUACUUGGUGAAAAAGAGUUGAGAUUGUUGGGCGAGCAAGUUUCAUCCUUGUGUAUCUUGCGCAAAAUCGAUUGUUUUAGGGGUCGUAAGGGUGACUGAUCGAUCGGGUUCGGGACAGAGUGGAUGGUGCAGUGUCGAAGACCUAACGCACACUCGAUCUUGCGUGUAAACGCGCGAUACGAAUGGAUAAGAUGGAUCGUGCCGGGUUAGGGGGAAAUCAAAACGAAAACAAAUGGGUUACUUUAUUGUUUAGCUCUGUAUUGAAACAUCUGGCGUUGCUCUUGGCUUCCAGCUUUAAGUCUAUUUUGAACCGUCUAGCGUUGCUUUUGGCUUCCCUCGUUGGUUCAUUGUGUCCGUAUAGUUUCUUCUGGUGCUCAUGCCCUUUCCCACAGCUUUCCGCUCUUUGAUUCUCUUGCAUGUUUUCUUGGUUUGUGUUGUGGACGCGUCGACGCUAAGGAAUUGUUUCACCUCCACCGGGGGCACAAACAUGUGAUGACGGCAAGGGAAUGGGGGCGGGUCCAUGUUGUCUUCACUUCGUUUUGUCUUUUGGGACGAGAACGACGAGUUUUGCUCUGGAGAUACGAUUUUGACAUAUAUUGAGCGAUUGUCAGAAAAAGUCGCCUUCAUUUGCUUGGCGAGAGAAAUUCGGGUUCGCCCUCUCCCUCUCCGUAGCCGUUUCAUCAUCUGUACUACUAGGGUCAAGAGGUUUUGGAAGGGAGGAGAGGUCGUGCCGUCGUCGAUAGACCAUUUGACCUCGCAUCCCUGCAAAGCCGGGACGGACGUAGCACGCCGGGUUCUCACCGGUCCAGACCCUCACAUUACCAAGCGUGAAGCGCCGUGAGGCGCUCGAGGGAGGGACGGGAUAUUGCAUACAAGGGUUGUGGCCGGCAGCGUCGGGGAGACAGCCAAGCUAGUGGUGUUUGUGUCGGAGAGACCCCCUUCGCUAGCAUUUUAGCCGGCGCCCGUGCCCUCCCCCACGCUGGUCCUCUCUACUUGUGUUCUUGUGUACACACGUCGCGGAACUCAUCCCUUAUAAGCGGCAGCGCCAAGCAGACUAAAAAUGGAGAGAGGAGGUGUUGUUAAUGGCGGCCGGUGCUGCGCGAGAUCGUGGUGGAGGCGGGGCUGGUGGAGACGCGGCUGGUACCGACGACAAGCCCGACGAGCAGCGGCAGACGGAAGGGAAAUAGCAAUCGACGUCACUGGGCCAAACUCAAUCGGGGGUGAAUACCGUUGCCACUGCUGGGGGCGCCACCAGGGAUCAUGUCGACGACGACCGCAGUGGCGGAGAAGAUUCCACACCGACAAGCAGGUCUAGGUUGUUAACCAUCAGCGAGCAGACAACCAGGACGGCGAUGGUGAUUGUUCGUCAAGCCUCUGUCACUCGGAGGUCUCCAGAUCUCUCCAGAUCGAAGCGAUGGGUGUUCUGGUGGCCAAACAGGCUUCGUGCUUACGUAUCGACAUGUGGGUGGGGGAUGCCCGACGUCGCGAGCUGGAGAUGACCACGGCGUGGACGGCGGAAGCCGCGUUCGGCGACCUCAACGAACAGGAAAUGACCGAAACCGAGCUCGAAGCCUUAAUAAAUCGGUGUUUCGUGCCACGAGGAGAUACCGACACCUGGAGCUUUCGAGCAAGAGGA